AUGGCUGAGGUUGAGGAAACUUUUAAAAAGAAGCGUGCGUUCAAAAAAUUCGCUUACCGAGGUGUUGACUUGGACCAGCUUUUGGACAUGCCAAACAUCAAACUUGUCGAAUUAAUGCACAGCCGUGCUCGCAGGAGGUUUUCCUGUGGUCUUAAGCGCAAGCCAGAGAAUUCAGCCGUAAUACUCGCACUUCUAGGAAUGCUCAUGAGUUUACCCUUGAACGAAUGUGCACCGGUAUCUCCUUUUAAAUCCUUCCCUAUUUUCCUAACUCUCGCACUGUGUUUGACAUGGUCAAGACAUGGUGUUAACAAUGGCAAAGAUUUUAGCCAGGUUAAAAUCAAGCCAGAAAUGAUUGGACACUACCUGGGAGAAUUCUCAUUCACAUACAAAAACGUUAAUCUGGGUAGGCCCGGUAUUGGUGCCACCCACAGCUCUAGGUUUAUUCCUCUUAAGUAAAAGAAAUCAUGGAGAAUGUUUCAUAGUUUUAAUAAAGUAACUUUUUAUAAAAAGAAA